CGGAGCGGCGGGGAGGGGCCGCAGCCGGACCCGGCCAUGAGCGGCGCGGCGGAGGCGCGGGAGCUGGAGGAGCGGCUGCGGGAGGCGGCGGCCCUGGGGGACGUGGCGGAGGUGCGGCGGCUGCUGGGCGCGGGGGUGGACAUCGACUCCCGCAACGAGAUCAACGGCUGGACCUGCCUGCACUGGGCCUGUAAGCGGAACCAUGCCCAAGUGGUGUCCUGCCUGCUGGAGGCUGGCGCUGACAAGCACAUCCUCACUGCUAAGGGAGAGCUGGCGGCAGAGCUAACAUCGAAACCAGACAUCCGCAAGAUUUUGGGAGAGGAACAAACUGAAUGUCAAGCAGCGAAGGAUUUAAAUUUACCCAUUGUUGCGAACUACUUGGCCAAGCCACCAUUCCCUAACGUUUACAGCGAAGAGAGCAUUCCAGGCAGCUUGGCAGAUUCCCAGAAUGAAAGUGCUUCCAUCUCUUCUGCUUCUCAGAGUGAAAACAGCCCUUGUCCGUCAGCACCUGAGGCUGAAAGCAUCUGCACCCCCACGUCCUGCAGCAGCGAUGAGACCCCAGCAGCGAGCGCUGCAGCCAGGCCAGUCCCUGUGCCCAUCCCCACCCCAGCCUCAGUGUGUGCCAGCCCUGGGGUGUGUGCCAGCCCUGGGGUGUCCCCCAGCCCCAGCUGCCCCCCAGCCAGGCCCCCCAGCCUGGGGCUCUGCUCCCCAGGAGUGUCUGGCCAGGCUGUGCCCCUGCAGCCCAACACCUCUCCCAGCGGCACUGCCUCUGCCUAUCAGCCCUUCUUCUUCACUGGAACAUUCCCCUACAACAUGCAAGAACUUGUGCUCAAGGUCAGAGUCCAGAACCUGAGAGACAAUGACUUCAUUGAGAUUGAACUGGACAGACAAGAAUUGACCUAUCAAGAUCUGCUCAGAGUGAGCUGCUGUGAACUGGGCAUUAAUCCAGAGCAAGUAGAGAAGAUCAGAAAACUACCCAAUACACUUGUAAGAAAGGACAAGGAUGUUGCCAGACUCCAGGAUUUCCAGGAGCUGGAGCUGGUGCUCAUGAGAAGUGACAGCUCUCCAUUCCGGAACGCUGCGGCCGUGCUGCCGGAGCGGCCGUGCUACAACAGCAGAGCAUCCAAACUCACCUACUGAGCCUGGGGCUGCAGCUGCACUGGGGACACCUGGCAGUGACACUGCUGCCUUGGGAAAGCUGCAACUUCAGUGUGUGUAAAACCUUAAGUUAUUGUUAGGGUUACUAUUUUAACUAAUAUUUUAUAUUUUAUAUUUAAUACCCUGUUUGCUUUUGUUUUUUACUUGAUACUGUAUUCAGCCAAGGGAUACCUCAUUUGUCUAGUAAAAUCACAUGCUUCCAGUGUAUUUCAAGGAAGUUUAUUGGUUGUAUCUGGCAGCAGGGGGGCACAAAAUACAUAAUUAUUGAUAUGAAAAUUAUGUUAAGUACACCCACUCUGACCAAGUAAGACUCAUGGAAAGAUUCAGGAAAUUGUGUGUCUCUGUGUGUAUAUAUGUAUUUUAAAUCUCCUCAUUAAAUUAAACAAGAGACACACAAUGAAUAGUUGCUCUCUAAAAAUGUAAAUGUACAAGUCCUUAACCUCUUGCCCCUCACAAACGCCAAGAGGGAGCACCUAGAGAUACUUAAUGCUCAGAAGUGGCAGGAGAAACCCUUUUACUGGGCUGAAAAUAAGUGGAAUAAGUUUGCCCAUAUUUAAAUGUUUAUUGCCCCUAUGAGAAUAUUGUACCUCCACCAAAAAAUACAAAAGCCUCUUGUAAAUGUUCCCUAAUUAAGUCUCAGUCGAGUUGAAGUGCCCUUUCAAGAGAAAGCCCUUGUUUGAGGAGAUGGGGAACCCCCAGUGUCAGUGGUUUGUACCUUCUGACUGAUGCGAGCCUGUGCAUUACUCACACCAGGUGUCAGUACUGUCAGACAGGAAAGCUCUGGGUGGCUCUCCCCUGCAGACCAGUUCCAAGGGCUGGUUUCUGCUGUGUGUGUGAGGAGGAGCACAGCAGUGUCCUCAGGGGAGAGCACAGCUGGAAAGAACACAGCUUGCUGGCAAAGAACACACUGGAUGGCAAACACAGCACGAGCAAGUAACCUGUAACUUUCCAUCAUGCACAGUCUACUGUCACUAUUACAGAGCCUUGGUUUGGCCAGGUGAGUACUGAAAGCUGCCUCCAGGCCCUUUCAACUUUUUUUUCCUCUUCAUUGUGACAAAUGAAAAAAAACACAACUCUGGUUAAGCUACAGACCAUUUAACUUGCAUUUAAGCAAGUCAAUAAUAAAAAUUCACCUGGAGGCUGAAGUACCUAAGUCACAGCAUUGCUGUGUUCAUACAGCCUGAAGCUUUUCCUGAUUACCAUGGCAGCCUGGAAACUUUUGGAGGCUGUUUUCUUUUUUACCAAAAAAUAUGGUGCUGACCUUUGCACCAAAACCCUUAACUGGGUCCUGAGGUGGGUAGAGGAGUGAAGGACUUGCUUUUUCUGCAUGAGCAGCUUUUUCUCCCCUCUGUCCCCCCUCUUCCCCCACCCCAAACUGUAUUGAUUUUCCUUCCAGCUCUGCUUUAUGAGGCUGCACUAGAGCAGAGUUUCUGCACAGCUGGUGCUGUGUUUGUUGUUGAUCUGGACUGCAGUGCUGACAGUCAAACUAUAAAUAGUACAGCACCAUGUUCUGGUAGAAGCAGCAUGGCUGCCACACUCCCUGUGUCCUGCACACCAAGAGAAGAUACAAACUCCUCCUGCCAGCAGAGAUGCUUGACUCUGGGCUCAGGAUUUCACCAAGUUACUUAGGCUUAAAAUUCUUGCUUAUUGCAGUGAAAAUAAUUAUCAUCCUUUCCUCUGUGUUCCACACACAUCACCUCAACCCUGCUAACUUCACAUUCUCAGUCCUGGUUUUUCUCCAGCCAGGAGCUAAGCUACUUUAAUGCCAGAAUCAACUCCUGGGAAGCUCAAGACUGUGACACAGUAUGAAGUAAAAUUUCUUAACUAAGGUUCCUGCUUUGUUUUUCUUGUAGGACAGGAAAGAAGGUUUUAACAAUUGUGGAUUUAUCUUUCCAGCAUAGCUUGGAGGCUAGCUCAGAUUAUGUGCAAUAACUGAAAAACAGUAAUGGCUAAAUGGCUCAAAAUUAAUAGGAGUAUCUAAUUUCUUUACAGUUCCUUUAUUUGGGAAGUCAGUGUAAGGACUGUCUCCACUAAUUACUGAGCAUUCUGCUAGAGGGCAUCUGGUUUAAAAAGCUUUAUUUCUCUAGUUUCCACCAAGAAUAACAGUUAAUGUGUUAAACUCUACUUGUAAUCUGACUGUAAUAACAGUAAAUCUAUGCAUUCAGAGAAAUAUUUUUGUAUGUUUUAUGCAGUUUGAUAAACUCUAGUUACAUUAACUGCUUUUUGUUGUGCUUUUUCCUUGAACAAUAAACUGUUGGAAUGACAACUGAGAUGAAGUUUACAAAGCUUACUGUUCUUCCAAGGACGAUUUUUGUUUACACUACAAACUUGUACUGAACUGACAUUGCUACUCUUCACUUCUAAUAAACUAUCAGUCUUUCAAGUA